AGCCGGCUUUGUUUCGGAAGUACGCCUGCCGGGAACUGUGCUCAUGUCACAUGCUUCCUUCCUAGCUAUAAUGUUAACAUUACUAUAUAUUGUACUGUUUUUGCGGUGAUUUGAUCAGUUUAAACAGCUUUUUACAACAGUUUUUAACAGCUUAAACCUCAUCCAAGCUAGCUUAUGAAUACUGAAAGCAAAAGAUGUCUGCUCUAGCUUUGCUCCGUUUUAUUACAUUUCCUGCACACUUUAGGAAGUUUUACUAUUUCCCCUGGAUGCAACGUCAUCACUCAACGUACACAUCGGUGGCUAACCUCAGUCCGGGUCUUGAGAGGUACAAGGACUUGCAAGUGUAUUUUAAAAGACACCUGAAGGCAACAUACAGCAGGUUCUCGAACACUCUUGACCACUCAGAGGUGUAUGGACGUCACUAUGUUUAUUUUAUUGAAGGAAACAGCAUCUACAGGACGGAUAAGACAUGUGAGUCGGAGCCGGAGCAGGUUCUCUACCUGGGACAAGAACAAGAUGAGGAAACAGUACCUGAAGAGUGGACUGUGCAGAGAAUCCGUCUGUCCCCUUUGGAGAAGCAUCUUGCUGCCACAGUGAAGACACAAUACAAAGAAGCUUUAAGGUGCGUGGUUGUGGAGCUUGGACAAAGGAGUUUCAGUGUUCUGCUCACACUGGAUGAUGUCUUCAGCUUUGAGUGGGCAACCGAUGAGGUUCUGUUCUACAAAAUUCAAGAGGGUCUGCAGUGCCAAAGAGUCUAUCGUCUGGACUUGAACCCUCAUGGAAGCACAAUACGAUCCAUUUACGAGGAAUCCCAGCCUGAUGUGUUUGUGGAGGUGGCUCUAUCCAGAGACCGCCGGCUGCUCACCAUCAACAGCAACAGCAGGACCAGCUCAGAGGUGCGGCUGGUUGAUGUCUCAGACCCCCGUCGAGAACCCGUACUGCUUGAGCCGCGCCGGGCGGAGUUGUUGUACCAUGUGGAGCACUGGAAGCGGAGCUUGAUUAUACUUGCCAACACGGGGCCUGGCCAGGAAUAUCAGGUGGUGAAGGCCCCCCUCUCGGAGCCAUCCAUGAUGUCCUGGGAGAGUGUGUUCACCCCCAGUGCCGGCACCGUGCUCAAAGACAUGGACGUAGUGCAAGACUACUGUGUGCUGGUUGCUAAGACAUCAUCCAGUGAGUUAGAGCUGAUAGUGAUCCCACUCACCCAACCGAGGCAAGCAUACACUCUGCAGCUCCCCUCCUGGGCCUGCACCGUUGAAAGCAAGCGUCCGAGUCUUUCAGACCAAGGAGGUGUGUUAGAGUUCUUCGUCUCCUCUCCAGCUCACCCCCCUGUGCUCUACUGCCUUUACCCAGAGAAAGGGAUCCUUUUAUCAGGCGCUCCAAAGAACCAGGAUAGUUCUAUCACCACCACACGCUUGAAGGCCUGCAGCAAAGAUGGUACUUGGGUGCCGUUGACACUGUUGCAUGGAGUGGAGUGUUCCAAAGAGACGCCUCUGCUGGUGCACGUCUACGGAGCUUAUGGUCGAGAUCUGAACAUGGACUUCUGCGUGGAGAAAAGGCUUCUCCUGGAGAAGGGCUGGGCUCUAGCCUACUGUCACAUCCGAGGCGGAGGAGAGCGUGGACUGUCCUGGCAAAGACAAGCUCGCGUGGAGGGGAAGCCGAAAGGCAUAGAGGACCUUGAAGCCUGCCUCCAUCACCUCUUCUCCUCAGGAGUCUCCAGCCCCUCGCUGACCGCCCUCGCAGCGUGCAGUGCCGGAGCUGUGCCAGUCGGGGCGCUGUGCAACAGACAGCCAGACAUGAUGCAGGCUGCCGUACUGCAGAGUCCUUUCCUGGACGUGCUGCAAACAAUGAACGACACAGAGAUGCCUCUCACUGUGGAGGACAGGGACGAAUGGGGCGAUCCUAUCGGAAACCCAAAACACGGACCCGCCAUUGCCUCGUACUGUCCAGUUCACAACAUUAAGCCUCAGCGUUACCCGUCCAUGCUACUGACCGCCUACAGCAGCGACAGCAGGGCGCCUCUGUCCGGAGUACUGAAAUACAGCGAGAAGCUGAAAGAGGCCGUGCAACUGCACUUCAACAUGGCAGCCAAAUUAGAACCUGAACCAAACAUUGUUGUGAAUGUCAAGUACGGAGAAAAUCACCUGGAAGAAGAUGACUGGGAUAUGAUGCUGGAGGAGGAAGCCCUCAAGCUAGCGUUUCUCUACAAGGAGCUGCGCCUGGAUCCUCCUCGAUCUUCUAGACGCCAGAGGAAGAGAUAAAACUGAGUGAGAAGAACCCAAGGACAAAACGGGGAUGCAGUAAUGCGUUCUUAUUGAAUUAGACAUGGAACAACGUCAUGGGAUCCAUUAGAAGAUGGAUGGAAAGAUACCUUCAUGUUAGCAGGUAUAGAGAAUGUCCACCACACUUAAAUAACAGGCUUUCUCAGAGAUGUAACACUGUCCAGGAUGGUUAGUGUUAAACCGAGUGUGGGCGGAGAACCGAAUCAUCAGUCCCUCUCCAGCUUGGGUCAGAAUCUGAGAUUUAUGCAUCACUUUUCCGUCGUUGGCUCGGUCGGUGCUCAUCAGAACAUUCAGCUGCUCGGGCAGCUCGGCGACAGAGGAGAGAUCCGUGGCGGCGGACUCUCGGCCGAAAUUGAGCACCAGGAGAAAUGCACGGUCCAGCCCGUCCAGUUCUCGUAUAUAGGAGAAGACAUUAUCAUCUGCGUGGACGUAGCAGAACCAGCCUCGUUGAAGAGGUAGCUCCAGCUGACGCAACAUGCUGAGGCGGCGGUACUGAGACAAGACCGAACCUUGGUCUUGCUUCUGGACCUGAAUGAGGACGCGUGGAGAAACAAUUGAAUGCACGGUUUGGAAUAAAAAGGUGUGUUGCGUUUACCUCCACGUUGACGCUACUGUAGUCAGGAUGCACGGGCAACCACGUCACGUUGGUUUUGUUGUUGAAGCCCGCAUUGACGCCAGAACUCCACUGCAUCGGAGAACGCUGAGGAUCUCUACUGGCACUCUGCAACAAUUUCAUGUACAUUUUAUUAGGUACACCUGCAUAAUCAUAAUAAUAAUAAUGAGAUCCAAUACAGGAGAUGUAUGCCUUUCAGUGUAACCAUAUGGCUGUCAUUGUGUUGCUGUUGGCAGCAGUGAUAUUUAUAUUAUUAUUAUAUAUUAUAUUAUUAUUAUUAUACUUAAUUGUCAUUUAUCUUUUUUCAGUAGCAGUAAAAUGGCCAUAUUUUAGACAUAGUUGGUGAUUAAAUGGUGAUUAUUCAUUUAUUCAUUCAUUCAUUUCCUACACCCUGGACUGGUGGCCAGCCAAUCACAGGGCACAUAUAGACAAACAACCAUUCACACUCACAUUCAUACCUAUGGACAAUUUGGAGUCGCCAAUUAACCUAGCAUGUUUUUGGAAUGUGGGAGGAAACCGGAGUACCCGGAGAAAACCCACGCAUGCACGGGGAGAACAUGCAAACUCCACACAGAGAUGGCCGAGGGUGGAAUUGAACCCUGGUCUCCUAGCUGUGAGGUCUGUGCGUUAACCACUCGACCGCCGUGCUGCCCAAAUGGUAAUUAAACAUGAUGAAUUAAUUUGAAAACCGUGAUUAAUCUAAUUAAUGUGUCAACAUUUGACAGCCCUGAUUUACAUCAAUGAUAUAUGUACUACUACCGCAUUGUAUCUGCCUGCAGGGUCCUGAAUCUGACUUUUUGUCAUGUUGAUGUUCUCCAUGCCGAUCUCCUCGCCAUAGUAGGUGGACGGCGUGCCGGGGAGAGUCAGCAGGAGCAUGUUGAUGACCCCAAUGUAGCGCUGACCUGCAGCGGAGGCAGUGCGAGGCUUGUCGUGGUUCCCUACCUGAUCAGCGGGAGGAGAGGAAUGAUUAAGUUGUAACGAUGAACAACA